GGAGGGUGUCGGGCAGGGGACGGGGUUUCCGGGAGGGGGCGGGGCCAGGUUUCAGGGCAGGGCCCCACUCACGCUCUCUUUCCCCCCACCCCAGGCCUCCGAGAUGCUGUCUCAGAUUUUCAUUCUCUCCUCCAAGGGAGACAGACUCGUCUACAAGGACCUGCGUGGUGAGGCAGCAGGGAGCAGCAUGGACCUGACGGACACUUUCUAUAGGAAGAUCACAGCCCUGCCUAGGGACCAGGCACCUGUCUUUAUGGUGCAUGAGGGGCUGCACUUCGUCCACGUGCGUCACGCCGGCCUCUACUUCGUGGCUACGACAGGGCACAAUAUCUCCCCUUUCACCAUCAUUGAGUUUCUCAACCGGCUGGUGACGCUGAUCCAUGAUUAUUGUGGUGCUCUCAGUGAGAAAACCAUUAGCCUCAACUUCGCCCUCAUCUAUGAGAUGUUGGACGAAAUGCUGGACUAUGGCUAUGUCCAGACCACAGCACCUGAUGUAUUGCGCAACUUCAUCCAGAUGGAGCCAGUGCUCAGCAAGGCCUUCAGCCUGCUGGACCUGGGCAGUGUUGGCCUGUUUGGUGCGGAGACACAGCAAAGUAAAGUGGCUCCGAGCUCAGCCACCAGCCGCCCUGUGCUGCCCCCCCAUGGGGACCAGGGUGCGAGGAACGAGGUGUUUUUGGACAUAGUGGAGAGGCUGACAGUCGUCAUUGCUGCCAAUGGUACCCCCAUGAAGGUCGACAUCCAGGGAGAAAUCCGCCUCAAGAGCUAUUUGCCUAGCUGUCCCGAGAUGCGCAUUGGGCUGACAGAAGAGUUCUGUGUGGGGAAGUCGGAGUUGCGAGGCUACGGCACCGCUGUUCGCGUGGACGAAUGCGCCUUCCACAGCUCCGUUAAGCUUGAUGAGUUUGAGAGUGCCCGUGUCCUAAAGGUCAACCCCAGCCAAGGGGAGCUUCCAGUGAUGCAGUACCAGCUCUCAGACGACAUCCCCUCAGCCCUGCCCUUCCACCUCUUCCCCAUGCUGGAGCGAGACCCCUUGGGCAGGCUCUGUGUCUACCUCAAGCUCCGCUGUGACCUGGCUCCCAAAAGCCAGGCCCUGAACGUGCGAGUCCAGCUGCCAGUGCCAAAGGGGGUCAUCAGCCUGUCCCAGGAGCUGAGCAGCCCUGAGCAGACAGCAGAGCUGCAGCCCAGCACAAAGGCCAUCCGCUGGGUGAUCCCACGCUUCCAGGGUGGCUCCCAGCUCUCCGCCCUCUUCAAGCUGGAAAUUCCAGGGCUCAGCCCUGCCUCACUCCUGGAGGUGGGGCCAGUGAACAUGUCCUUUGAGCUGCCCAUGCACACUUGCUCUGGCCUGCAGGUCCGCUUCCUGCGCAUUACUGCCCCAUCGCCUGCACUGCCCCACCGCUGGGUGCGCUACGUGACUCACAGCGACUCCUACACCAUCCGCCUCUGAGUGCGCUAUGUGACCCACAGCGACUCCUACGCCAUCUGCCUCUGAGCCCAGCCCCACCGCUGGGCGCGCUACGUGACCCGCAGCGACUCCUACGCCAUCCGCCUCUGAGCCUAGCCCCACCGCUGGGUGCGCUACGCGACUCACAGCGACUCCUACACCAUCCGCCUCUGAGUGCGCUAUGUGACCCACAGCGACUCCUACGCCAUCUGCCUCUGAGCCCAGCCCCACCGCUGGGCGCGCUACGUGACCCGCAGCGACUCCUACGCCAUCCGCCUCUGAGCCUAGCCCCACCGCUGGGUGCGCUACGCGACUCACAGCGACUCCUACACCAUCCGCCUCUGAGUGCGCUAUGUGACCCACAGCGACUCCUACGCCAUCUGCCUCUGAGCCCAGCCCCACCGCUGGGCGCGCUACGUGACCCGCAGCGACUCCUACGCCAUCCGCCUCUGAGCCUAGCCCCACCGCUGGGUGCGCUACGCGACUCACAGCGACUCCUACACCAUCCGCCUCUGAGUGCGCUAUGUGACCCACAGCGACUCCUACGCCAUCUGCCUCUGAGCCCAGCCCCACCGCUGGGCGCGCUACGUGACCCGCAGCGACUCCUACGCCAUCCGCCUCUGAGCCUAGCCCCACCGCUGGGUGCGCUACGCGACUCACAGCGACUCCUACACCAUCCGCCUCUGAGUGCGCUAUGUGACCCACAGCGACUCCUACGCCAUCUGCCUCUGAGCCCAGCCCCACCGCUGGGCGCGCUACGUGACCCGCAGCGACUCCUACGCCAUCCGCCUCUGAGCCUAGCCCCACCGCUGGGUGCGCUACGCGACUCACAGCGACUCCUACACCAUCCGCCUCUGAGUGCGCUAUGUGACCCACAGCGACUCCUACGCCAUCUGCCUCUGAGCCCAGCCCCACCGCUGGGCGCGCUACGUGACCCGCAGCGACUCCUACGCCAUCCGCCUCUGAGCCUAGCCCCACCGCUGGGUGCGCUACGUGACUCACAGCGACUCCUACACCAUCCGCCUCUGAGUGCGCUAUGUGACCCACAGCGACUCCUACGCCAUCUGCCUCUGAGCCCAGCCCCACCGCUGGGUGCGCUACGUGACUCACAGCGACUCCUACACCAUCCGCCUCUGAGUGCGCUAUGUGACCCACAGCGACUCCUACGCCAUCUGCCUCUGAGCCCAGCCCCACCUCUGGGUGCGCUAUGUAACCCACAGUGACUCUUACGUGUUACUGGUUUAAUGAGGGGAGGGAAGAGAGAGUCUGAUGUUACAGGGAGCAGCAGAGAACUAGGGACCCCAGUCAGUGGCUUGGAGAAUGGAGCCCUCAGCAACUGGUGACCGGGAGACCCAGCUCAGAUGGCACAGCUGGGUCUGGCCAAUGGGAGGCCAAUAGGCUAUGGGGAGAAGACCCCAGUGACCUGCCCAACUGGUCCCAUCCUGGAGAGGGAGGACAAAGGAUGAAAGAGAGAAGAUACAGAGAAGAGAGGGGACCCUGGUUACCUGGACAGAAGCAGGCUGCUGGAGAGGGAUUUGGGGGCUGGGCUGGAAGGAGGGGCCUGCUGGCCUGGGCAGGGGGAGCAGGCAGAGCCCACCUGGCUGCAGGGGAGACUCAGACGUGCUGGGCUGAGGGGGGCCAGGCCUACAGGCCUGAGAGUUCCUGUGCUGUGUUCAGUGCUCAAUAAUUUCUCCUGUGUGACGCUGGCUAAGUCACUGGCCUUGGGUUGCAUUACUCCCUGUAGGAAUGGAGGCCAGGGGCCUCAGAUCGAGUGGACUUCCCAAGGAGGUCCAUGGACACAGGCGUGCUGGAGGUUCAGAAAAGUGAAGUCCCAGGAGGAGGACUGGUUUAAUCCCCAAUACCGAGUGGAUCCCUGAGAAAGGACUGCCACACCAAAGGCGGCUCCCUUCAGGGAUUGUACAGGCCAAGUGUGGGCAUGACCUGGGAGUCCAUGACAGAUCCCUAGGGCUUCCCUCUCCCACGCUAAUCACCUCCCUGCACAUGAGGCUCUAGCAAUAAACAAUUUUAUUUAUGAGUAGAA